CGGUGACGUCAGCUCUGCAGGACCGCGUCUGGAGUCGACACGCAUCACAUCUACAGGACGCACAGACCAACACUGUAGCACAAAAAACACACACAACAACUGCACUAGAGCUGGAGAAACCAGUGUGGAAGAACAUGGGAAACGUACAGCCCACCAUAGUCCCAUAUGAAGACUUCGAUGUUACAGCUGAUAUCAAGGCCAUUCGGAAAGCAUGUAAAGGUUUAGGUACAGAUGAAGAGGCCAUCGUCCAGAUCCUGGCCAAUCGUUCUGCAGCUCAGCGCCUGGAGAUCAAACAGGCCUACUUUGAAAAGUAUGACGACGAGCUGGAGGAGGUCCUGAAGAAGGAGCUCACAGGCAGUUUUGAGAACGCCACCAUGGCCAUGUUGGACCCUCCACAUGUUUUCUUCGCCAAGGAGCUGAGGAAGGCCAUGAAGGGGGCGGGGACUGACGAAGCCGUACUGGUGGAGAUCCUGUGUACAGCAACCAAUGAGGACAUAUUGAGCUACAAGGAGGCCUACACUCAGGUGCAUGAGCGUGACCUGGAGGCGGACGUCGAAGGCGACACCAGUGGAGAUGUGAGGAACCUGCUGGUGUCACUGCUGCAGGCCAGCAGAGAUGAGGGCUAUGAGGUGGAUGAAGCCUUAGCUGAACAGGAUGCCACAGCUUUGUUUGAGGCGGGUGAAGGCAGGUUUGGCACCGACGAGUCCACGUUCAGCUACAUCCUGUCACACAGGAACUACAUGCAGCUGCAGGCCACCUUUAAAGUCUACGAGUCUCUUUCAGGAACAGACAUUUUAGACACCAUUGACUCCGAGGCCACUGGGACUCUGAAGGACUGCUACAUUACUCUGGUGAGGUGUGCCAAGAACCCGCAGCUGUACUUUGCCCGACGCCUCAAUGCAGCGAUGAAGGGACUGGGCACCGAUGAGGACACGCUCAUUCGCAUCAUCGUGGGCCGAUCAGAGAUCGACCUGGAGACGGUGAAGGACAUGUACCUGGAGAAGUACGACGUUACCCUCAAAGACGCCCUGGAUUCCGAGUGUGGCGGAGACUUCAAACGCCUCCUCAUCGAGAUCCUGCACUAAAGCCCCUCCCCUUCCUCCUACUGGCCUUAACCAACACGACAUGUAUUCAUUCUGUCUCCUCAUACUUCUCACUUCUUCUUCUUCCUCAUCUUACUCCUUCCAACAUUCUCAUCCCUUUGUCCACGUUUCUAUCAUUCUAUCUUGUCAUUCAUAGGGACAGGUAGUUCUCUUCGCAGCACAGACCAAAAACCAACUCAUUAUUAUUAUACAAUGUUCGAUGUAUGUCAGUGUAUAUUUAUACUUUUUAACCCAUAAAGACCCAAACAGCCGCUGGUGACCAAAUUAUCUACCGAUCUAAACUGUUUAAUAACUUCUGA